AGGAGGGAAAGCGGCGAGUAAGAUGGAAGAUGAGGAGGUCGCUGAGAGCUGGGAGGAGGCGGCAGACAGCGGGGAAAUAGACAGACGGUUGGAAAAAAAACUGAAGAUCUCACAAAAGGAGAGCAGGAAAUCCAAAUCUCCUCCCAAAGUGCCCAUUGUGAUUCAAGACGAUAGCCUUCCCACGGGGCCCCCUCCACAGAUCCGCAUCCUCAAGAGGCCCACCAGCAACGGUGUGCUCAGCAGCCCCAACUCCACCAGCAGGCCAGCCCUUCCAGUCAAGUCCCUAGCGCAGCGGGAGGCAGAGUACGCAGAGGCCAGGAGACGGAUCUUGGGCAGUGCCAGCCCUGAGGAGGAGCAGGAGAAACCCAUCCUUGACAGGCCAACCAGGAUCUCCCAACCCGAAGACAGCAGGCAGCCCAGUAAUGUGAUCAGACAGCCUUUGGGUCCUGAUGGGUCACAAGGCUUCAAACAGCGCAGAUAAAUGCAGGCAAGAAAGGAUGCCGCUGCCGCCACCAUCGCCUCCUGGAUUGUCUGCCAUGGGUCGCACUGCCGUGGCAGACGUCUGGACUUGAGCAGAGGGAACGACCUGACUUACUUGCACUGUGAUCCCCCUUGCUCCGCCCACUGUGACCUUGAACCCCAUGCACUGUGACCUCUGCCUCCCCCCCUUCCCACUGUGAUUGGCGUGUUGACAAGGGCUGUCCUAAGUCAAUAGAAAGGGAAAGGGUGGGGAUUAGGGGAGGAUUGGGGGAACCUACCAAGGACUCAGAGUAGAGGGUCAGACAGUGCCACUUGGCCACUUGGGGUAAAGCCAGUGCCAGCAAUAACAGUUUAUCAUGCUCAUUAAUUUGGGAUUUCAAAAGACAAAUGAAAACUCCCCCACCCACCCCAAGUGCAUGUCGCCAUCACUUAAAAGGAAGUUCCAUUGAAAAUACCUUUCCUUUUUUUUUUCUUCCUAUUUUUGUUUAUUAUACAAAUAUCUGAUUUGCAAGAAAAAGUGCAUGGAAGGGGUUUCAGCAGUUUAAUGAAUUUUUAAUUGAGAAGGGUAGUUUGGUAGUCACUUGAGGAUGUUUCUAGGAAAUUUGCUAGAAACAUUAACCAAUAGGAUUUUGGUGAGCUUAGCUUCUGUAUUCCUACUGCCGCCCAGAAAAGGCGGGGCUCUGGAGCCCCCAGUAGAUGAGCACUGUGCCUAUAUUGCCUUCCUCCAGCUAAGUCCCAACUAAGUUACCUAGAGACAGCUCAGAGAGCCUGGGGGAGGCGCCAGCCCCACCUCUAGUAUUGUGGGAGAUGGGGAAAGUGACAGACUUCCCCUUCCCAUACCCCUCAGGGUGGCUCCCUACCAGCCAGGCUUGCUGUGUCUAGAGGCGGACAGGACAGGGAGUGUUGGGGAGGAGACACACUCUGGGCUCAGAAUCAGGCAGUGGUGGCACUUGUCCAGUGCUUGCUGUCAGCACAAGCCCAGGGGAGCCUGACUCAGAACUCCAGGCCAUCCCUUCCAGCAAGACUGGAGAGCUUAAGGAUAUGUGGCGUGCCACAUCUGUGAUGGCCCUGGCUCAGAAACUGGUACGUUUCCCCAGUGAAACGAGUACCACAGUAGAACGGUUGGAGAAGGGUUGGGGAAAGAGAACUUGCAUUGCAGAGGCAGAUAGAUGGUUGACAGGCCUCUCAGAGGCCUCGACUGCCCUUUCUCUUAGCAGAAUGAGGCUGGUAUGAAGGCCAUUUCUGUCCCCAAGCCUGGAGAUUUGCUUUGGUUCCUGAUAGGGAGAGGCUUGAGAGGGCAGCUGUGUCCACUGGGUGCUCUCAGGCUUCGCAGUCUUUCCUGUGCCCUUCGCCUUAUCCCUCAGCCAGCCUGACAGCCUCCCCUCUCCUGGCCAGCACACAGGUUUGGGAGUGGGUGGCGUGGGGUGGGAUUAGGGCAGCUAUGGUGGUUAAAGUGAUGAGCUGAGUUUUGCAGGAUCCUACCACCUUUGGGUCCCCUGGCUUAUGCCCCUUACGCCCACAACAUCCUCCCCUUGGGAAGAAUCUCUUCCGUAGCAUGGCCAUAGACCUGCCUGAAACCAGGGGCCUUCUGCAAGCCAGCUGGAGCAGAGCCUCAGGAGGAGGGCUGGCCACCCCCUUAAAUGCAAGUAGGGAGUUGGCUGUUAGCUCAUAGACUAGGGCCCACCCACAGGGGCUAGUGGUUUCUGGUUGGAGGACAGACUGUCCUUUGGAGAAGGGUGCAGAAACCCUGCUUGCCCCACCCCCUCUAGUAGGAGCUAAGGGCAGCUGGUGUCUGCAUAUUGAGAGCUUGUGGGAGUGGCUCUCCCAUCUCACUCUGGCCAAAGAAGGCCCUGCCCAUAGUGUACUUGUGCCUGCCCACCAGCAAUCUUGCAUUUGACCUCCUAGAUGGAGAGGUGACUGGCACAACGAGAGAAAGAAGGAAAGAAAGGAAGAAAGGAAAACAGAUGUGUUGGGGGAGGUGGGAGGGCAUGGGAAACCGUUUGGAUUGUGUGUGUGUGUGUGUGUGUUUGUGGGUUUAUUUUUUCACUGUGUGUGUGUGAUUUAUUAGUUUUGGUUUUUUUUUUUUUUCAUUUUUUUUGUUUUUUUUUUCUUUCAUUUUUUGUAGUUGUCUAUAACUCCAUAAGUUCUUUUCUUUUUUUUCUUCCUUUCUGUCUCUAAGUAAGUUGCAGGCUUUGGCUUGGAAAUCCCCAGGGGGAUGAGGGGCAGGAACCUGAGGCUGCUGCCCCUUUGUUUGCCUUCAUGGUACUGUCCCUUCCCCCAGCUCUUCCUGGACCCAACGAGCCAGGCCUCAGCCCUUCCAGCUAACCGCUUCCCAUGAGCCACUACUCUGAUGUCAGCCUAUAACCAAAGGAGCUGGGGGUCCAGGUCUGGUGACCAGCCCUUCUCAGUCCCCUCAAUCAGGGUGCUCCCCACCUGCAGGCAGGAGGCAACACCCUAUCUGCUGCCAUCAGCCCCUUCCAGAGCCCACCUGUCCCGCCCAGCCCUGUCCUGCCCUGCCAUACCCUGCUCUGCCCCAUCUUGGGGUGCUCUGCUCAGGGAUGGGCCGGCAGGGCUGUAUCCAGUCUCCCUGGUGAGCAGAGACUCAAGAAAACCUCUGGGGUCCUGCUUCUGGUCAUAUGACCCCAGGGGGGACCCUUGGGCAUCUGUACAGAAGGGACUGGGAGGGAGGGCCGCACCCUGCAGUCUCGCUCUGCUGGUGUAGCAGGCAGCUCCCCACCCUAACCCCCACCGCGGGCUCCUGAGUCGGCAGAUUAAGCAUUUUAUAAAUUGUAUUUUAAAUACAUGUUUUAAACUUGUCA